AACAAGAGUUUGCGCGCGCAAGCGUACUAUAUCGCUAUAUUUUUUUACCUUAUCCGCCAGCUACGACAAAAUCCAGUAUUGAUCGGGCUUCUGCCGCGAAACGGCGUCUUGAAAUGUGAUAUGAGCACUGCGCGGUCAAUCACUGUGCGCUGUAAUUGUUUGAUUCUUCAAGGCGACUAUAUGGCGAUUUCAUAAUGGAAGAGUGAUAUAAGCAAUGGCGAGUGUGUGACAUCGAAAGGGACUUAAAGCGAUAUGUCGAAGAUUCCUGUCGACAGAAAUGGAAAAUCAAGAUCCUUAGAAAUACGGAACGUGUAUCCCAGCGAACAUUCUAAAAUACGAACUUUACAUUCAGCAGAAUUCAAAAGUUUAUUUACAACAGACAGAUUAAGAAACGACGAUGAAAAAAUUAAAAAUGAAUUAAAGGAUAAAUUGUAUUAUAAGCCCUACACAUCCCUUAUUCCGAAAAUAAAUUUAAACAUGGAGAAAGUUGUAGACAAAAAUCCUAGAAUUCUUGAUUUGCGGGAGAGAUUGAAUGAGAUAACAAAAAAGCAAGAUCGUAAUGUAGAUAAAAAGACAAAGAGCCUUAUAAAUGACAUAACGCAGCAGCUCGUAGAAGAUAAAGAAGAAGAUGGCUCUGGACCUUAUAGCUUAUUAUUUGAUCUUCAUAAUCCACCCUCUUCAUCUAAACUAAACGUAAUGGAAUCAGAUAGAAAUAGCAGUAUAGCGCAAGAUGAUGAUAAUGUCAUGUGCUCACGAAAUCUUAAAAGAAAUUCCAAUUCAGAUGCAAUACAUGAAAGACUUCCCAACGUUUUACAUUUUGAUAAUAAACCAAUGAACGAAUUUGAAUAUUCAUGUGAAAAAGAAACCAACUGCUUGCCUAAAAAAAUGUUUAGCACACAUUCAAGAUCUGAUCUUUGCCUACAAUUAAAAUCGCAUAAUAUGUAUUCACGAAAUCUCGAAACGAAUUUAAGUCCGAACGAUAAUUCAAUGACUAGAACUAACGAAGAAAAUUCGUUGGAUGAUAGUUUGGGCAUUUUAACUCCCGACCAGAUGGAUGACAUUUGCUACCUAGAAAAUGCCUUUUCUCCUACUGUAGAAGGUUUGCCAAUAUUUUGUGAUAAUAAUGACUGCAAAGUCUCUCCAGAUAAUGGCGACACUCCUUCGACUGAUAAGACUGAGACAAAUUCUGCUGCAUCGACAAUACAUAAUGACGGUUAUGAAAAUAAACUUAGUGUUAAAAAAAAUAACAUUGCAACAAAACCGUUUGCCCCAAUUGCUACUAUGGAUGCACUAGAAAUAAAUUCAACUGAAGACAGUGUAUUUCUGUCUUAUUCUAACAAUUUAUUUGAUAAAUCUGCGAGUAGUUCAACCCAAAACCCAUUUUGUAAAGAUGAAUUUUCAUCCCAGGAAGCAGAAUUGUGCCAAGAUGACUCUGUAUCAAACAUUAUUGAAGAUGAAUUUUUGCCUUCUAUACAUGGUAGUAUUUUGGAACCUGCAAGUUCUAUGGCGGAUACAACUGUUAAUUUAGAAAUUCCGUUAGAUGGAAAACAUGGUAUGCCUAUAAUUACAAAUAGGAUUGAACAAACUCCUUCACCCGAGGAUUUACCUUUAGAUAAUUCUGAUAUUAAUGGUGAAAUUAGUACUUAUUCACAAUUUUCAGCAUCAACACUACAUGAUUCACAAACAUACUCAGACAGUAAGAGUAAUGAUUAUCCGAAAUCUAUGGAAACUUCAAAGGUAUCUAAUAGUUUUAUAACCAGUAUUACAAGUAUAACAAGUUUAGACGGUUACCAAGGUGAUGGUGAAAUGUCUAGACCAGUCAGUAGAAGCGCAGAGCACAAUUCUGGUGCACGUGAAGAUGCUAUCGAAAUGGAUUGGCAGAACGUGCCGGUGCCAAGAAGAGUUGAUCCUAUGACUGAUUCAGACUUUUUUACGGAAAGUGACGCUGAUGGUUUAGAUGAUCAUAUGCAGCGAGGUGAUAGACGAGCUCAAGUAAUAGAUGGCGCCUUAUAUGGUGGUAAAAAUAAAAAAGCCAAUCCACCUUUGAUGGUGAACAGAAGCGAGGAUUCUUGUAUGGAAUCUAGUGGAGUUUAUACAGAUUUUGAAAAUCAUCGAUCGUCACCCGUAUUUUUACAUGUCAUCAAUGAUAUGUCUCCAGCGUCUACAAUAUCAAGUAGGUCAGAUUGUAGCCAAAAGAAUUUAGAUCUUGAUAAAAAUACUAUGUAUUUUACACCUUUGGAAAAUCCUUCAGAAGAAAAAGAAACCAACAUCAUGUGUAUUUUGGACGAUGAUGAAACUCCUAAAAAUACAAGUAAACGAAAUUCUAUUAACAGCGAAAAGAGUGUGAAGUGUUGCGAGAAAAAUAAGGAAGAAAAACGGACUUUCACCUUAAAAAAAUAUAAAAUGCCUAAACGGGAUGUACCAAGUAAACUCAAAACGAUGCUUCAGAGUAGAAAGAACGACGGAGAUAACAGCGUUCAAAGCAGCCCUAAGGCGGCAAAAAAACCAGAGAGGCGGGAGAGCUUUAUAAAGAAGAACAUAAUUGAUACUAAAAAUGAAUUUAAGAUUAAAUCUUAUAAAGACAUCAAGUCAAAGGUUGAUUGCUCAUUUUCUUUACAACGUUCUCAAACCUCUUGCAGCGUAACCAGGCUGAUGAACUCUAAAUCAACAACCUCCAAUAUAAAACCUAAAAGUCGUCACAUGCGUAUGCGUAUGGACUUGGGUUCGGCCAACGGGAGCGGCAAGAGCAGUCUACACAGCUCCCAGAGCGACAUUAGCGCUACAAGCACACCAGGGGUGAAACACACGUCCAGUCGCUUCCCCUUACUAAGAAAUGGGAAGAAGAGGGAAAGCGCUCCGACCCCCACAACCCCCGGCCGACCCCCUGCAGCAACGCCCGCCCAACCACCCCCCAGUCAGACCAAGAAAAAUGGAGUGGUGCAGAAGCUAUCGUCGUCACCAGUGGCCGUACGACCCAGAACGUCGCUGGCUCCGCCGCCCUCCCCCAGGAAACCCACUCCCCAUCGAGCACUUCCGCAAAGACCCAAUACACUUACAACUGCAAAAGAACCACCGCGCGUGUCCACGGCAGUUGGGCCCCGAGGUAAGCGGGCGCAGACACCGCAGCAGCCGCAGCAAGCUGCCAGGACGCCGGCCGCUCCGCUCGUGGCUCCGGUGUCCGCUCCGCUCAUCCCGCCGCUACCCGCACCCCCCAGGGAGCACACCGAUGCGCUCGCGCACGCCGCUAAGGGCGUUGAGGCCCUCGGUGUUCUUGUGCAGUAUUUGGUGUUCAGGCUGGAUGCAUUAAACGGUAGCUCAUGGCGCCUUGAAGCCGAAAGAUGGCGCGGCGUGGCUGCGGCUGAGCGCAGCAGCGCCGCGCGCGCCGACCGGGACAGGCAGCAGCGCGCGCAAAAAGAUCUUGAUACCAUCGCAGAAUGCCUGAGCAAGAUCUCAGAGCUAGAGAUGGAAGUAUCUUCGAGGGAAGAGGCAAACGCUCGUCUUCAAGCCACACACAUAGAAGAGGUGUCUGCUCUGGCGAACGAUGUUAAAGGAUUAAAGGAAACAAUUGAGUCUUUGAAACACGAGGUCGCUGAGAGUCGAGCGAGAUUGCACGCUCACAGUGAGAUCGAGCGCACCCUGCGCGCGCAGCUCGAAGCGGCGCGGGCGGAGCGAGUGGAGCGGGUGGAGCGAGCGGAGCGGGCGGAGCUCGAGCGCAGCGACCGCAACUCGCCCGGCACGCGCGACGCCGCCUGCGACCCUGUCUACUGCGAGAUGGAACAGUGCGAACUCAGGAUCAGCGCCGAUGAGGAGCUGAGCAAGGAUGCCACAGAGCUGGCUGCUGAGGUGCGUUCGCUGCGUGCGGUCGUCGAGCUGAAGCAAGCCGAGAUGGCGUCCCUCCGCGACGCCCGCAGCGAGCUGGCCGCGGAGCGGGAGCGGCGCGCGGCGGCGGAGCGGGACGCGGGCAACGCGCGCCACGCGGCCGAGGAGCUGCGCGAGCGCGCCGCCGCCCGCCAGCGGGAAGCGGACCGUCUGCGGGACGACAACCGGCGCCUGCGCGACGCGGCCGCCAGGGACAGGGACCACGCCACGCGCCUCGUCGCGCUCAACGAGGAACUCCGAUACAAGCUACGGCAGAAGUCGCAGGUGGUAUCCCUGCUGGCGGGAGGCGGCUACAUAGAGCGUACGCCGAUGCGCACGCGCACGUCGUCAGGCGACUCGGCGCGCUCCCCCUCCCCUCCUCCGUCGCCGCCCUCUCCCGCCACCUCCCCCGACCCGGACUCGCCGCCGCUGCCCGCGGUCAAGGGCGUGGUGGAGAAACACGACUCGGUCAGCUGGGUGCUGGAGAUCGAAGAGACCCCCGAGGAGAUGGCGUCGAGGCUUGCGCGGCGCUCGUCGUUCCGCGCGGCGGCGUCCCCGAGCGGGGUGAAGCGGCGCGGCGGCGGCUCGCCGGGCAGCUCCCCCGCGCCCGCCUCCCCCGCGCCCAACUCCAAGCUCUUCCGCCCCGGCGACCUGGACUUCCCCCCGCCGCCGCCGCCCCUCAAGGAGUCCGCCGGCGAGGCGAUAUACAUAUAUGACGAGAGCCAGUACUGAGCCCGGGAUGCCCUUCACUAGGAGACCCCGGGAUAACGAGAUCAUCGAACAAUACUAAUUAGGAAUGGCUAAACUUUAUGCACCAAAGGAUAUUGAUAGGAAACUAUAACACGAGUGAGAUGAGGUGAUGUCGUCGUGACAUAUUCCGGUCACGGCGCUUUUGCGAUUUUACAAGAUGUGAUGAUGGAUUAAAUGGGUGAGCCAUUUAUGUGAUUUUUGAAUAGUGUACCACAGAUGAGGACUCUUUUUACAGAUAUUGCGGGCGAAAGGGAUAUUAUUAUAGACCUUUUAUCGCCUACGAUUAUGAGAUGUUUUGUAUUUUUGGCUCGAUGGAGCCUUCGUCGUAAGGACGAUACCUGAUUUGGAAUUCUUGCCGGAUUUUCCCCGCACGAUAUGGGACUAUGGGACUCAACGGGAUUUGUAUACAACUUUUUGUAUAUUGGAUGGAGUACGUGAAUUAUCAACGUACGUUAUUUGAUAAUAAAUAAUCGUUUACAUUAAAUAUUAUUUAUGAGCUUAUAUUAUUUAAAUAGUGUUUGCUGUUUCUUAACGGAAUUAGCUUAUGGUGAUAUAAUAUGUUUUGCUCGCCAUUGAUAUUAAUGAAAUCAAUACGUAGUACUCGAUAUAAUACAAUAGUUAUUAAAUAGAAAUAUAUCGCUUGUUUUCUACCACUUACCCACUGUACCUUUAAGCUGAAUUUGUAGUGGAAACUAAAAUAUAAGAGAAUAAUUUCUAUACUCAUCGCUAAUAUAAGUGUAUUUGCUUUUCUCAAAUCUAGCCUUACUAUAUAUGUUACUGAAUUGGCUGCGUUUUGUUUGAAAAGGUUUAUGUACCCAUGAAUUGCACCAAUAAACUUUCACAUGUUUUAAUUCUCUUUGAGAUAUAAAUGUAACUUAUAUACUUAUUUAUUUCUGAAACAGUUCAAAAGCGACUGUUAGAUUUUAUCUGAAGCUAAACUAGUGCUCUUCUGUUUCUCUUUUCUUGACCUUUUCCAACUUUUAACAAUAAAUAAUUACGAUACGUACGUACGACAUAACAUUUCUUAAAAUCUCGACUGUCUCGUUCUAUCCUCGUCUUCUUCAAUCUGUCAAAUAUCAACAAUUGUUUAUUUUAAACUGUCCUAGUCUUAUGUUUUAAUCUUACUUUUAUUAUUUUAAUUUAUUUUAACUUAUUUAUUGGUGCAAUGUUGUUGCGAAGUGUUUAUAUGUUUAAAAAUUAUAAUAAAAUUUUGCAAUACUUAAGGCCGUGCUCAUGCUAGUAUCAGUUGCGGCAGGUCGUCGUCUGUUAACGUAAUUUUUAAGUAUUUGUAUUGUUUUGUGUCUAUUAUUGUAUCUUAAUGAUUAUUAUAGUUUAUCAUGGUUGUUGGCAUUGUUUUUAUUUCCGUGUACAAAUAGCGAUUGAAAAUUAGAUUUAAGUAGCGUCGCGUUUGAGCGUGAAUUUUAGGUACGAUCAGUUUUUCACAAUGAAUGAAUACUAAGUGAAUAUUUGUGUUAUAAGCUAAUUUAAUUUGAAUAAUAUAGAUUUUGAUAUAACUUGUAAACACAAUAAAACCAAAGAGUCUCGUUCACCUUCACUCUUUGUUAUGUUCCUUGAUUUCAGUUUACGUUUUGCAUGUCUCGAUAAGCU